AUGGCACAGUCGUCACCGGACUCUGAGACUGCGGUGCCGAAAUCCGCGCUCAGCGGAGCAGCGAGGAAGCGCUGGGCCUGCGCCGUCCUGCUGGGCGCCGUGCUCGUGCCCGAGCGGGGGGCCUGCAGCGCCCUGCUCUUCCUGCUCCUCCGGCCGGUCACCGUGCUUUUCACCAUCGGCCGUCCUGCCCACCCAAGCAGGCCCGCCAAGAGUUGGAGAAGAAAUCUGGUGCGACCAGCCCUCAAGUUCUUGUUUCAGGUGACAAUUUUUUUAGCAGGAUUCCUGGUUAAAGUGAAAGGGAAAAAGGCAACCCCAGACGAGGCCUGCAUCCUCCUCACGGCGCCGCACUCCUCUUUCUUUGAUGCAGCCGCCUGCGUCGUGGCAGGGUUACCCUCGGUGGUCUCUGCGAGUCAAAAUGUGCAUAUCCCCGUGGCUGGGAAGUUCUUACUGUCGACGCAGCCAGUGCUUGCGGCCCGAGAUGACCCCAACUCCAGGAGGAACACCCGGGAAGAAAUCCUGAAGCGGGUGACAUCUGGCGGGAAGUGGCCCCAGAUCCUGCUCUUCCCGGAAGGAGUGUGCACCAACCGCACCUGCCUGGUCACUUUCCGACUAGGGGCCUUCUCUCCAGGUGUCCCUGUGCAGCCGGUGCUGCUGAGGUACCCAAACACCCUGGACACAGUGACCUGGACCUGGCAGGGGUUUACAGGCUUCCAGGCCUGUGUGUUGACUCUGAGUCAGCUCUUCGCCAGGGUAGAAGUUGAGUUCAUGCCUGUUUAUAUCCCAAAUGACCAAGAAAAAAAAAAACCCAUCCUUUUUGCCAAUACAGUGAGGAUCGUCAUGGCAAAUGCUCUUGGGGUGCCUGUGACAGACCACACUUACGAAGACUGCAAACUCAUGAUUUCUGCAGGUAGCCUUCAACUACCCAUGGAAGCCGGUUUGGUGGAAUUUACAAAAAUUAACCAGAAAUUAAAGUUAGAUUGGGAUAAUAUUCAUCAGCAUUUGGAUGAAUAUGCUGCAAUGGCAGCUGCCUCCAAAGGAAGUAAGAUAGGAAUCACAGAGUUUGCAAAUUAUCUAAAACUUCCAAUUUCAGAGCCUUUGAGACAACUUUUUGCCCUCUUUGACAGGAAUAAUGAUGGCAGCAUAGACUUCAGAGAGUAUGUGAUAGGUCUCACUGUCCUGUGCAAUCCUGCCAACACUGCAAAGAUUCUGCAGAUGUCAUUUCGACUGUUUGAUCUUGACGAUGACGGUUUCAUAACCCAGCAGGAGCUGGCUGCUAUACUUCGGGCAGCUUUUGGAGUGCCAGAUCUUGAUGUUUCCCGGCUCUUCUGGGAGAUAGCCGGACAGAACUCAGCGUGCAUUUCCUACAGGGCCUUUAAGAACUUUGCCCUGAAGCACCCGGAAUAUGCCAAGCUGUUUAGCUCCUAUUUAGACCUCCAGGCAGCCUACGUAUAUUCACCACCACAGCAAGCAUAG